GUAAUGAGCGUGCGUCAGGAUCCAGCGUUUGGUUCCUUCUCGGCAAGUUCACUUGUCGAGUUUCAGCGGACGAGCAGAGCGGACACAACAUUUCUUCUUUUUUUGUGCUCGUAGGCGAAAAAUCUGCGAAAUAACAUCUGGAAUAAAUUGCGUUUGAGCAGUCGGAUGAUGGAUUCACGGAUUAUUGUCUCCGCUCUCUUACUUUUCCUCAGUUUGGCGACAGUUUUCGCCCAGACUUCCGCACCUAACAAAGCUUGUGAGGAAAAGAAUGGGACCAGCUGUGAGGAAUGUCUUUCAAACGUGACGUGCUUGUGGUGUAUCAAAACUAAGUCGUGUGUAACAUAUCCAGUGAAGACCAUCCUUCCACCGCAUGCACUCUGCCCAUUGAAUGAUGCACGCUGGGGGCUCUGCUGGAUGAACUUCCAGACGUUGAUAAUUACCUUAGCAGUGAUUGGUGGCAUUCUCAUCAUUGCUUUCCUGGUCUGCCUGUUCUGCUGCUGCAAGUGUGAGAACAUUGGAUCCAAAAGGUUCGAGGCCAAGAUGCAGCGACAGGCCAAUAAGACGAAAACAAAGCAGGAAGAAAGGAAGGCGGAGAUGAGAGAGAGGCAUGAAGAAAUCAGGAGGAAAUAUGGACUAAGUGGGCCAAAUCCAUAUUCCAAAUUUGCAUGAGAUGGGAGAUUCUGUGAACUGAGACGUACAUCAUUACCCUUCUGUUUUCUCCUGAACUCUGUCCUCUGACAGACAUCAACAACCUGUCCUAUGGUUUUGAAAGUAGAUUUGAUUAAUGUAAACUAUAACUAAGGUUGUGACCAACGGCUGGAAUAGACGCAUGUAGCAGCACUGUUCUUCAAGACUACAGAAGUCUAUCCUGUAGCCUCUGUCAACUAUUUAUAAGCUUAAGACUUAAGCUUAAAUGUACAGAAUGGAAGGGAUUUAGUUUGGUCCUGUUGCAUCUGAAAUUUUCAGAUUUUACCUUCCAGUCCUCCGUGUUGCUGCUGACUUAGAGAUAUACUUAGAAAUUAGAACCUAUUUUUGUACUUAUUGUGAUUUUCUUCUCUUGUUUCAAACUGACUAACUCCUGUUCUGAAAUCUACUUGUUGCAGGCAAUUUUGCUGUUAUUGUUGGUUAUCGAAAUAAAAUCUUCAGCUUUUCUCUAAAUUUAUAGGGUAAUGAUUAACUUUGGUUGAAUAUGGAUAGUCAGAUUGAAAUCUGUAUGAGUUACAGUUUCCUGUGUAUCCUGUAAUGAUGAAUAUAUCUAAUAAAUGACUGCAUUGAUAAUUAA